CCCUUUCAGCCUUGAAUCUGCACUUUUUGUAUCCGGGCCAGCGGUACUUGGCAUGUUUGGGGCGGGGCCCCACCAACCCGAAGGCCGCUUUUCCGAAAAGCCCCCAUGCCGUGCAGUACACCCUCGAGAGAGCACCGGAACCAAACCCGGACACGUCCUCGAGAAAAAACCCGAUUGGAUAAUCAGCAACACGUCCGGAACAUUUUGUAAAAUGGAGAAAACAGGGCUGAUUGGUUCGCAUUGCGUCUUGGUCAAAAAAGAAUGCUGCGGAUGGGGGAAGUAGGCGCCACGGUCUGAGCUCGCAAGCCCUUCACCGAUUUCUCAGAUUUCUCCUUCAAUAAGCAUUCAAAUCUGUUUUUCUUCAAAUUUUUCCUUCAAUCAACUCAUAUCGAUCGUUAUUUGGAGACCGAAAGGGUCGUAUUGAUGGGUUUGGUUGUUGAUUAUUCAUUGUUUGAAAUACAGAACUUCUGCUUUGGGUCUCAUAUUUAGGGGUUCUCGAUGGAUUUGGUAUCUAGUUGCAAGGACAAAUUGGUAUACUUUCGAAUAAAGGAGCUGAAGGAUGUCCUUACUCAAUUGGGUCUUUCAAAGCAGGGAAAGAAGCAGGACCUUGUUGACCGGAUAUUAGCCAUUCUCUCUGAUGAACAAGUGUCAAGGAUGUGGGCAAAGAAGAAUGCUGUUGGAAAGGAGGAAGUUGCAAAACUAGUGGAUGACACCUACAGGAAAAUGCAGGUUUCUGGGGCCACUGAUUUAGCAUCGAAGGGACAAGGUUUCCCAGAUAGCAGUAAUGUGAAACCCAAAGAGGAGUUUGAUGACUCUUUCAAGAAAAUACGCUGUCCCUGUGGAAUUUCAUUGGAAACUGAGCCAAUUGUUCAGUGUGAUGAUCCGAGGUGCCAUGUAUGGCAACAUAUUGGUUGUGUUGUGAUUCCAGAGAAACCAAUGGAGGGUCUCCCGCAAAUUCCUGAUCCAUUCUACUGUGAAACCUGUCGACUCAGUCGGGCUGAUCCUUUUUGGGUGUCAAUUGCACAUCCUCUAUAUCCUGUGAAGUUGGCUGCCACAAAUAUUCCUACUGAUGGUACAAACCCCUUACAGAGUGUUGAGAGAACAUUUCAACUUACAAGGGCAGACAGGGACUUGUUAUUAAAACAUGAAUACGAUGUCCAGGCUUGGUGUAUGCUUCUCAAUGACAAGGUUUCAUUCAGGAUGCAAUGGCCACAAUAUGCCGAUCUUCAGGUCAAUGGUGUACCAGUUCGGGCAAUUAAUAGACCUGGCUCACAAUUGCUUGGAGCUAAUGGCCGUGAUGAUGGUCCAGUUAUCACACCAUGCACGAAAGACGGAAUUAAUAAGAUUGCUUUAACAGGAUGUGAUGCUCGCAUAUUUUGUUUGGGGGUGAGAAUUGUAAAGCGGCGUACUGUUCAACAGAUUCUCAACUUGAUACCCAAGGAAUCAGAUGGCGAGCGUUUUGAGGAUGCCCUUGCUCGUGUCUGCCGUUGCAUUGGUGGUGGGACCGCAACAGAUAAUGCAGAUAGUGAUAGCGACCUCGAAGUUGUUGCUGAUUCUUUUACUGUCAAUCUACGUUGUCCAAUGAGCGGUUCAAGAAUGAAAGUUGCAGGUAGAUUUAAACCUUGUGCUCACAUGGGCUGCUUUGAUCUUGAAACCUUUGUGGAGUUGAACCAACGCUCUAGGAAGUGGCAAUGUCCCAUUUGUCUGAAGAACUACUCAUUGGAGAAUGUCAUCAUAGACCCUUAUUUCAAUCGCAUCACAACUAUGAUGCGGUCUUCUGGAGAAGAUGUCACUGAUAUUGAUGUGAAGCCAGAUGGUUCUUGGCGUCCUAAACAUGGGAGUGCCAGUGGUGAUCUUGGACAAUGGCACUUCCCUGAUGGUACUGUCUGUGCUCCUAUUGAUGGAGAAAUUAAACCAAAAACAGAAGUGUCGAAACAGAUCAAGCAAGAAGGUCUUUCAGAAGGUCAUACUGGCUUGAAACUCGGAAUAAAAAAGAAUCGCAAUGGCUUUUGGGAAGUCAGCAAACCUGAAGAUAUGCACACCCUUUCUUCUGGCAAUAGGUUAGAGGAUGACGUUGAAAACCAUGGCCACAAAGUUAUUCCAAUGAGCAGCAGUGCCACUGGAAGUGGUCGGGAUGGUGAAGAUGCUAGUGUAAAUCAGGAUGGUGGUGGGAAUUUUGAAUUUUCUGCCAACAAUGGGAUUGAACUUGAUUCUGCUUCCAUGAAUGUUGACCCAGUGUAUGGAUUUGCUGACCAAAAUCCUCCUGCGCCAGCAGGGGAUGCUGAAAUUAUUGUUCUCAGUGAUUCAGAGGAAGAGAAUGUUAUGAUUUCUUCAGGGAAUGUCUACAAGAACAGUCAUGCUGAUGCUGGUGGGGUUUCUUAUGCUGUUCCUCCUGGAAUUUCAGAUUCAUAUGCGGAAGAUCCCACAGUCGGUACUGGUGGAAACUCAUGCCUGGGCCUUUUCAAUACUAAUGAGGAAGAAUUUGGACCCCUCUGGCAGUUACCUACUGGUGCACAGGCUGGGCCUGGUUUUCAGUUGUUUGGAUCAGAUGCUGAUGUCUCAGAUGCUUUAGUUGAUUUGCAGCAUGGUUCCAUGAACUGUCCCACCUCAAUGAAUGGUUACUCAUUGGCUCCUGAGACUGUCAUGGGAUCUUCUGCUCUAGUUACAGAUUCAUCUAUUGGCCGUUCAAACUCGGCGAUAAAUGACGGCUUAGUUGACAAUCCUUUGGCAUUUGGCCGGGAUGACCCCUCUCUCCAAAUAUUUCUUCCUACAAGGCCUUCAGAUGCAUUAGCGCAGGCUGAUUUAAGAGAUCAAGCUGAUAUCUCUAAUAGCAUUCAUAAUGAGGAUUGGAUUUCUCUGAGGCUUGGGGGUGGUGGUGGCAGUGGGGGUCAUGGUGAGCCUGCAGCAGCAAAUGGAUUAGAUUCAAGACAGCAAGUAUCAUCGAAAGAAGAUGGCCUGAAUUCUUUGGCUGAUACAGCUUCUUUACUUUUCGGUAUGAAUGAUAGUAGAUCUGACAAAAGUAGGCAAAGAUCUGAUAGUCCCUUCACAUUUCCUCGCCAACGACGUUCAGUAAGACCACGGUUGUAUCUUUCAAUUGAUUCAGAUUGAGGAGUUGGGACUCUGCUUCUAGAAUAACUAAUGCUUUCUUUGGAUAAUUGUUGGAGAUGGUCUCCCUGUACCCCCUUCAGUUGUAGAAAACAUCUCCAAACUGGUUAGAGAUCAGUUGCAUCUAAAAAUUUCCCAGUUACUCUGCAUUUGGGAGAUGAAGGCAGCUGACAAACUUGCCCCUUAGAACUCGGUAUCUACAGUGACCCAAUCAUAUACUGGGGAACAGUGUUAGCGGGAAUUUUCUGCUUUCAAUGUGCUGGUGCCUGCAGAGUAUCUGUCUCUAUUGGUGAGCUGCAAAUUAUGUUGUUUUAUUUUAGUUUAUUUUUUACUAGUAUGCCAUGGGUUUGAUACCAACUGUUUUUAAACAGGGUCAACAAAAAUUCUUAUUGGUUUUACCCUCGAGGAAGAUCAGCAGGUCCAGUGCGGAUAAAUUGUACAAUAGAUAGUUAAUUUGAAUGUGAAAUGAAUCCAGAGGUAUAAACCAUUGGAUUUAGUGGGGGGGGAGCACCCCCAUUCGCAGCAGCAUACCGACUUUUUUGUCUCUGUUUUACUGCGAGAGCAAAUAGCCUGUAAAUAACUUUAUAUCCGGUGAGGUUUAGUUAUAUAGGAAAAUUGAAAUAGUUUUUCAGGUGGACAAAUUUGCCAGGCAUGUCGCUUGAUUCUGUUAUUUGUUGGGAUUAUCAUUUGUUUAUUUUAGAAAAGAGUAGGACUUUUAAACUAGUGCAUUUGAUUAUAUAUAAAUAUAUUUGGAUCAUUUAUGUGA